CACAGAUACAGGAUGGUAUAGAAGGCUCCAUUUCGAAGGGUUUUCCCAGAUUCAAGUUCUUCACGACACUGAGAUAUAAAUUCUUUUUUUAUAGUUAAGGGUAAAUCUGACCAUUCCAGCUUGCUACCUGAAUUUCUUACGCUUUGAAAUACUCUAAGUUUUGAGUAGAAUACCCUUCCCGCUGUUAUGAAAAAUUCUUCUUCUGAAUCAAAAAAGCCAUCCAAAUCAUCCUUCCAAUCAUCCUCAAAAGUCCCUUCAAAUUCAACACGAUUUGUUUCUUGAGUUGGCACAUCCAUGAAGUACCUCAGCCUUUGAAAUUGGGCGAAGGAUAAGCAAUUUGCAGCACUCGCUUCCAUUUCAAUUAUCUAAAGAAGAUAAUUACUUCCAAAGAUGGAAGAAAACCCUUAUGUGGAAUUUCUGGGAUGAUAGUAAUGUAGUGUAAGUGUCACUAGUACAUAAACCACCUCUACGUUUCCACUUGGUCAAUCGUGGCCUUAUGAAGUGAAGGUAUUCUCGAAGAAAGGUUUCCAGUUAAUAAUGAAAAAAGAAAUUUUAGUCAAUGAGUUUCUGAAUCGUCUAGAUUAUUCUGUCUGUGAAUUAUUUAAACUAGGAGAAAAGCCGUUUCAACUAUUCAGAAAUUCCUUAGUUGCAUGUAGCAAGUUGAUCGAUUACAUGUUUGUGGCCAUCGGAGAGGAUGUUUUUGUUUAUAAUUUACUUCUCUUUCCUAUAGAUUUAAGUGAGCCUGAUCCUUUAAUGGUGCUUCACUGUCCUCAUAAAUCUUCAUCCAUACAACAGGGAGAUCUUUUCCCGGGAAUGCCUAAUGGAAUUAACCAUAUUCGAUGCGAGCUUCUAGGUGAUUUAGAGUAUUUAAUCACUGCAACAGACUGUGGGAAAGUCGCAAUGUAUGAUGUAAAAAAUCUUCAAAGAAAUCCUAUGACUUUUUCGGUUGACUCUUCUGCAUGGGGAAUUGCUAUUUCUUCGGAAAGAUAUUUAGCUAUUUCAUCAAAUGCUCAUGUUAUCAAUAUUUUCAAUUUAUCCACAGAUUACAAACAAUGCAAGCGUGAUUACCGUUCGCCUUGGUUUCGACAAGAGUCCUUAGAAUUGGUUGGACACCAACAUAACAUUCCUUGCGUAUCGUUUAAUUCAAAGGGAAAUCUGCUGUUAAGUGGAUCAAUUGAUCGAACAUUACAGUUAUGGGACAUAAAUGAACUGUCUUGUUUAUCCAAGUUCCAUACUAAGGUUUGGAUAUGGUCUGUUAAGUUUGUUGAUAGAUCUGCAUUUACCUUUAUACCAACAGUGAAGGAUAAGAUAGAAACUUUAAUUCCUGCCAGAACAUUUGGGCAAACACCCUGGAAUCCAGCUAUUUUCUUGGGUUUAGAAUCAUUUAAUUCUGAUGAGGAUGAUUACGAUGAUGAUGCCGUGUUUGAAGGAGAGUAUUAUGUGCAUAUGCAUAAUAAAUCUCCCGAUAAUCUGAAAUCCUGUUUUCGUACGUUCACGCGAGAACCACCAGAGGAAAUCUUUGUUUUUGCAACCAAGUACUCUGUUGUCUUAUGUGGAUAUCAUAAGUCUCAAAUAUAUCCUUUUGUAAGCUGCCGCAAUUGCUUCGAAGAUCCAUCUACUAUACGUUUUGAAGGACUUCACAGAAUUAAUAUGAUGGAAUAUGUACCUCAAAUACAGAGUCUCGUUUGCGCUACUCAAAGCGGCCAACUAUCAAUACUGAGGUUAAUAGCAACAGAAAAAGUGAUCAGCGGUCAAGUUAUAUAUGCUUAUUCCUUUAUCCCACAAAUCAUAACUUUAAACGGUUAUGUUGAUACUUUAGUAUUGGGUAUGAGCGUCGCUCCUUGGUAUCCGGGUAAUGAAGACGAAUUUCAACGAUUUAAAAUUUUACUAGUUUUGGUUAAUGGACAAGUUUUAACUGUUGAAAUACAGUUAUCGGAGGAUUUAUAUGCUACCAACCAUGUUGGAAACAUUCUAAUCUGAAUAUAAAAAGAUUUAUAAAAUCACUGAAGUGAUUUUUUGAUUUUGUUAUGUUUUGUUUUAUUUUAUUUUACUUUAUUCAUAUUCAUAUUUAUUUUUAUUUUUAUUCAAUAUAUCCAUAAAAGUAAUAUAAGAAUGAAAACCGU